CAUUGAAGGCAGCAAAUUUUGACUAUGAAAACGCCAUCCAAGAUAUGGCAACAUUUUGCCCUUUAAAUUGCCUGUAAAUAAAAUAAACAUUUCUCAUCCUAUCCCCUCCACAAUUCUGACAUCUAAAGAACACGCCCACAUCUUCAAUUCACCCUUGCAUCCCUCAACACCACCAAGCAUCAAUCACACUAUCACACAUGUGCCACGAGCCUCAAGGUUGCCUGAGGUAGAUCGGGGAUUGCCCCAUUGGGUCAAAAAAGAUGGUGUUUUGACAGAUACUCCACAACUAAGUUCAACUAUAUUUUACAUUUAUUGUAAUUCUCAAACACGUGGACCUUUCCUAGGUCAUUCUGAUAGCGGUGAUCAUUGCCAAGGUGACCGUGCUUGUGGUGGUGGUCGUACUGUCCUCUGUCAUAAUGGUCAGUUUGGAGUCAUCCGACGUGGUGGUGGUGAAGUCAUGUUCAAGUUGGCUGUUAUGGCAGAGUUGGUUUUUUGUAGUAGUGGUCACCAUGAUGGUGGUGAUGGCCAUGUUGGUUGACAUUUCAGCUGUGGCACUAGUGACGGUUAUGGUUGAUAUGAUAAUGGUCCUAAUAGUGGAAGUCAACAGCCUGGACAAUGUCAAGUUGGUAUUUCCACCAGUAGUUCGAGUGGGUGAUGAAGCUACAGAUAGAAAAUGUCAUACUGAUUAUGGUGAAUUAAAAAUGUUGGAAAAUAUAUAUAUUCAGCUAAUUUACUUCUUUAUUUUACAGAUAUCAGCAUCAAAUGCAAACCAGGUAUCUCUAAGGAAUAUACCACUCCAUUUGUCUGGAAGAUUUCGCUGUGAAGUAUCAGCUGAUGCCCCUCUGUUCACAACCAAAUGUACUGAAGAUGAAUUAACUGUCCUGGAAUUCCCAGAUUCUCGACCUGUGAUGACCGUAAUGAACACAAGCUACCGAGAAGGUGAGCUGCUAACUGUGAACUGCACAACACAACCAUCUAAAACAAUGCCAACUCUCACAUUCUAUAUCAACAAUCGCGCACUACCAAAGGAUGUGGUCAGAGUAUGGGAAGGAGGGGCAAUGCUAGAGACAAAGCUUAAGAGGUCAGACUUCUCUCCGAGAGGAGAGCUGCGACUCAAGUGUGUGGCCUCAGUUAUGGGGCUGUACAACAUCAGCAGUGGAAGUAUAGCCAUCUGGCUGGAACAUGGCAAACCAUUUGUACUUGGAGCUGAAGAUGCAAGUACCACAGGGUCCAAGAAUUCAGCAGAAAAUGGUUUCAUGUCACUGGGAAUGAUGAUGUGUAUGUACUGUAUAUAUUCUGUCCAGUUCAUGGAGGCUUAAAUAUAUAGACAAGAAACUGUAAUAUUUGCCCUGAAUGCCAGUGAUCAUUUGCAUAUUAGGACUUCUGUCAAAUACUCCCCCAUUUCAACUAGUCACAGCCAUUAGGGUUAACAGAUUCUCAUUAGUGGAAGGCAAUGGUAUAUGGAAAUAUAAAAGAAAAGUUCCUUAACUUGCAAGAUGUGAGUAGACAAAUAAUAACAUAUUUUUGACAUCUCAUCCCAAAACAAGCAACUCUAAGUAAAGCAAAUCUUUUAAUGUGCUGGGAUAACUGUAUAUUAAAUGUACUGCAGAUAACAUAAGAUGUCAAAUAUACUUGUAAUUGCAGUGUAAUGAAUCGACCAUUGUCACAAAUCUACAGUGAUUCAUUAGUGUGUGUACAUGUACGAUAUUUACAUCUUACUCAUAGAAAGAUGUUAUCUAGCACAGCAGUUAAAAUUUAGAGAAUAUACUUUCAGCAUCUAAGAUAUACGUAUCAAAUUAGAGUAGCUUAAAGGUGAUUUUUGUGAUUUUUAUGUCUAACAAAAUAGUCAAUUGUAUAUAGAAAAGUGUUUCAACAGUAAUAAUUGCCAUAUUUCUACUGAAUACUAGUAAACAGAUAAUUGUAAUACUUGUGGUAAUGAAGCUUUGUAAAUAGUAGCUGCUGCUGGAAAAUAAUCCUGUAUCUGCACUGUACUUUUCAGAAAGCAAAGAUAAAACAUCUGUCAUGAUAAAUGGACUCCAUUUAA